ACCAGCCAUGUACAAGUUCAUGCAGCACAAAAUCUAAGAUGGAGAACAUUGACCUGUAUGAGGAGCUGGGAAGUGACUCUAUGACUGUUGUCUAUAAAGGAAGGAGGAUGGGCACUCUGAAUUAUGUAGCCUUCAAAUGUAAUGACAAGGCAAAGAGGCCUGAAAUCACCAACCAUGUCCGUAUAUGCAAAGAUCUGGAUCAUCCAAACGUUGUACGCUUUUAUGAGUGGUACGAGACCAAAAAACACUUGUGGUUGGAGGUGGAGCUCUGUUCAGGUGGUACCUUGGAGUCUGUGAUUAUUCGGGAUGGAUGUCUUCCAGAAGAUGUUGUGAGGAAGUUUGGGUGGGACUUGGUCAAAGGACUGGAACACAUCCACAAGUUACGAAUCAUUUUGUCUGAUUUGACACCUGCUAAGAUCCUGCUGGAUAGUAGUGGCGUGUUAAAAUUGGGAAAUUUCUGUUAUUCCAAGACAGAGACAGAUACUCUUGAAGAUUUUUUAUUAUUAUGUUCUACAUGGGAAGAAACUGGAAAAAUAAAAUAUGACACAAGACAUCAAGACAUCAACAUCAAGAAAAGGUUUCAAGGCUCACCAACUUACAUGGCUCCAGAGGUUCUCCUGGGAUCAGAAACUACUGCAAUGUCUGAUCUCUGGGCUCUUGGUUGUGUUCUCUACUACAUGUACACUGGGAAACCGCCCUUUUACUCUAUUUCCUACAGUGAACUAAAGGAAAUGAUUUUGUGUCAAGAACAAUCAUCUCCGACACAGAAAGUCUUUGAUGCAGUGUCGCCAACGACUCCUCCAAGUCGGGAUUUCCAAAAUCUUCUGAAACGUUUACUCAACAAAAACCCUGAUAAGAGGUUAAAACAAACACAAACUGCUACAGAGCUGAGCUUUAAGGUUCAGUUGGGCUAUUCUAAACUGGGCAACGCUGGAAUAAACCAUGUAAAGGUUGGGGUGGAGUACCCGAUUUAUCUGACUUCCGGUUGGGAGAACGAGGUGCUGAAGCGACCAGAAAGUUGUCAGAUGGAGAACUUCAUCCUGUAUGAUGAGCUGGGAGGAGGCUCAACAUCUAUUGUCUAUAAAGGAAGACAGAAGGGAAAUCUAAACUACGUAGCCCUCAAAUGUAGUGACAAAGUCAAGAAACCUGAGAUCACCAACCAUGUCCGUCUGAGUCAAGAUCUGGAUCAUCCAAACAUUGUACGCUUUUAUGAGUGGUAUGAGACCAAAAAGCACUUGUGGGUAGUGGUUGAGCUCUGCACAGGUGGUUCCUUGGAAUCUGUGGUAAAUCGGGAUGCAUGUCUGCCUGAAGGUGUCGUGAGGAAGUUUGGAUGGGACUUGGUCAAAGGACUGGAACACAUCCACAAGUUAGGAAUAAUUUUCUCUGACUUGACACCAACUAAGAUCCUGCUGGAUAGUAGUGGUAUUUUAAAGUUUAGUAACUUCUGCCAUUCCAAGACAGUGAGAGAAACAUUUGAAGAUUUCUUCUCAUUGUGUUCUUCAUGUGAAGAUGCAGAGGAAAAAUAUAAAUAUGAGGAUAUGAAAAAAAGGUUUCAAGGCUCACCAAUUUACAUGGCUCCAGAGGUCCUUCAGGGAUCAGAAACAACGUUUAUCUCAGAUCUCUGGGCUCUUGGUUGUAUUCUCUUCUACAUGUACACUGGUAAACCACCGUUUUUCUCUGCUAACCACAAUGAACUCACUGGAAGGAUUUUACAUGAGGAACCUUCAUCUCCCAUGCAGACAACGUCUCCAACCAUUCUUCCCAGUCAAAGUUUUCAAAAUCUUCUUCGAGCGUUACUCAUCAAAACGCCUGAUGAGAGGAUUAAGUGGCCAGAGUUACUCAGUCACCAGUUUUGGACACAAGGACAAAAAAAGGAAGAUGACUUAGAGGAGUAUGAUGAUGAUGAUGAGUUUACAGACAGAAACAAUGGCAGAGACAGUGGUGAUUCAGCUGUAUGGGGACACAGAAGAAUCCCUGACACCUUUCCAUUAGGGGGGCUGGCAGAUAAAUGUCCUUACAAUGAAAUGGCAAGUACUUCAGUCACCAAGUCUUUAGAGAAGUCGACCUCAUCACGGAAAAGAAACACAACAACAAACAGACCAGGCAGCAAGACUGACACACACACUGUCCAUGGAACUGUAAGGAACAGUCAGGAAUCAGCCAGGAAGUUGGCAGAGCCCAGAAAAGGUAAUCCAUCGAAUUUCAGCCCAAAGAGUGACAUGGAUGAUAACAGUGAGACAAUUUCUCUGCUCAGCUCCUGUGAAACUUCAAGAGGAAGCUGGAGCAUCUCAGACUCUUUAAAUUGUAGUCCUCCUCAGGCGAGCGACAUACAUGGCCAUAACUGGCAAUGACAUCACAUCUUGUGUGAAAGCUCUUCUGCAUACUGAAGCGGACCUGACUGUCUCCCCG